AGAAGCAUUGUGCGCUAGAGACCAAUCCGUGUCAAGACCGUCCACUCCGGACCAUCUCCCAGCUUCACGAUCUCGCCUUUCCGCACCGACCAGCAACUUGACAUCUCACCUCCUACCACCUAACCAACCAACUAAGAAAGAAUACUCAACCUAACUACAAUGGCGCCUCCCACCCCCGCUGAGAACGAAAGCCACCAACAACUCCUCAACCAACUCGACAUCGCACAGGUCCCGCGCCCCUUCCGCAACCCCCAUUGGAAGCCUUCCCAGCGGCGCAACAAGAAUGUCAAGCAACUGAUCUCCGAGAGCUCCCGGAGGGAAGCGUCCCAGAUGGCCACGCAAGCCAACUCCGGCGCAACGACACCUCUCGUGGCCACCACCUCCGCCAGUACAGACGGCAGCCAGACACCCGCCGACGUGGGUCAGCGCACGAACAUCGCGCAAGCAGCGCAGAACCUCUCCACGCUUGUCCUAGAGAAGAAUGCACGGGCAAUGUACUCGUCGGGGCCGGCGGUGACGUAUACGAAUAUCGAGUCAGCGCCGUCGCUGCACCCGUCGCAGCAGACAAGGUAUUGCGAUAUCACCGGGUUGCCGGCUCCGUAUACGGAUCCCAAGACCCGGCUGAGGUAUCACGAUAAGGAGGUCUUUGGGGUGGUCCGGUCUCUGGCGCAGGGCGUGCCUGAGAGUUAUCUGGAGUUGAGGGCGGCGCAUGUGGUUCUCAAGUAAUGGGCGUUGAAAAUUGCGUAGAGGAAGUGAUGUUUUACGUGAAUUUGUCUCGCAAGUGAGAUACUAUGCUAUGAUUUGGUCUACUAUGUAGAAUGUCCGGCCAUCACAGUCAAGCCCUUUCCACCCACCGUGCCCCUCUCGAGACAGGUUCAAAGAAAGCGCUCCGGCUUAAUCGUGACCUUUAUAUUAGUCAUUCUUCGCCUUGUGCAGUUGCACUCGACUAAUACCGACGCUCCACGGAGCAAGAGCGUCAGUUACAGCAUCCAGGGACGCUGUCGCCGCGGCGUAUAAGGGAGCCAGAAGGCUGACAAGAGGGAAUCAAAGAGAUCCAGGGGAUCUAGAUGUGAUUAUACAAAUAUAGACCAGUUCCAGUCUGAUUCAAAGCUGUUGUUGUACAUCGCCAUCAUUCAUUAAAUGACAUCUGGAUAGUACCAGAACUGCACAAGGUGACGCCACCAAUACUGAUUCAAGCAGUAUCAUUACAUUGGCUCGGUAUAUAAUCGAAACAUUGGAUGUAACGAGCAAGCGUACGUCAUC